AGCAGCAGGAGGAGGAGCUGAUCACUUCACUUUCUAAUGGUUAAUGGUUCCUCCAGGCGCUGUUUUUUUAAAAUUUAAAUUCAACUUUUCGUGUGGUCUGCUACACCUGCCUGUUAAGCUCCAGCGCUGAUGGGCGCGGCUGGGACCCGUGCCCAAAUCUGUGUUUUGACUUGCCUGGGAAAGUUGAGCGAAAAGGCACAAAGGGAACGAGGACUUUAAGAACAUCCCACCACGGCGCAUGAACUUUAUAUAAACACGUAAUUCCCCCAGUGGACCAGUGGACACGAUCAGUCAGUCUGUCUUGAGAGGAGUCGGGAUUUGAUUGAUUGUUGGCUGAAGAUAAGAUGGGAUGGAGGAGUUAACAAGAGAGAUGGACUUCUCAGGAGGCUUGUCGGGAGAAAGGGGUGUGACUGAAACUAUAACCUCCACGACCAGGCUGACGUCUCUGCCCCCAAAGGGAACCAGCGGAUCAAAUCACAGGAAUAUGUCCAGCAGUGUUGGAGGGCUGGGCUUGGAGAAGAAUGUCUUUACCCAGAGCAGUGGUGGAACUUAUUUCUCUUCAUCCUCUGCAGGUAUGAACACCGGCAGCUACAGUUCCUCCUCAGGAGUUUACCUCGGAGGAGACUCCUCAGGAGGAGGCGAUGGAGGGGGGGGCUACAUCGACCGAGAUGGGUACGGAAGUGUAGGUGGAGGCGGAGGCAGUUAUGUUGUGAGCUCGGUGUCAAAAGUACGAUCCAGCUCGUCGGGCGGUGCCAGGAGAGCACAAAUCGCUGGCUCAGCAGGAGGCCUGUCACCAGUUUUCCGGGAGAAGAAGAAAAUAUCCAGCCACUCAGGAGGUUAUGACGGAAGUUCCAGUGCAAAUUCUUCUCCAGAAUUUACCCGCAAAGAUUAUGGAAACUAUUGCUCCAGCGCCACAAGAGGGAGAACUGAAAGCAGAGAGAGCGAGAUCAGAGUCCGGUUACAAAGUGCCUCUCCCACUGCCUCCAGAUGGACGGAGCUGGAUGACGUGAAGAAGCUGUUGAAGGUACGCUCCAACAGCCUCAGCCCCACUCGCUCCUCUGAUGCCUCCAUGUCCCUGCCUGUCCCAAAAAAGGCUGGCGUGGAAACCAAGACGGUCUCUGUGGCAUCUCAGUCAGAUUUAACAUCAUUUGGCUCAGGCGUGAGAGCAGAUGGAUUUCACACCAUUGGUACAUCAGGUGUGUAUGAUACCAGAGUGUCAGCUGGGCAGUUUGAUACUGGUGUAAAAUCAGGCCCAUAUAAUGUCACUCUGAUAUCGAGUCAGUAUAACACUGAUGUGAAAUCAAGCCAGUAUGAUACCAGUCUGAAAUCAGGACAGUUUGAUACUGGCGUCAAAUCAAGCCAGUAUGGUGGUAGUCUGAAAUCAGGCCAGUAUAAUACUGGUGUGCAGUCAGGACAAUAUGGUAUCAGUGGGAAAUCAGGCCAAUAUGACACCAGUCUGAGAUCAGGCCACUAUGACACCAGUCUGCGGUCAGGCCAGUACGACACACUGGAUGCUAUAUUCCCAUCUUUCACUUGGUCCACCGCCACGCUGCCGUCCGCCUCCACCACGGGGGUCACUGGCAGCACCAGCAACUACCAGUACCAGGCCAGCACUAACAACAUGUCAGGAGGAACCUCGCCGCUCAGUCACACCGCACCCUCCUCCCUGUCAGUUUACGGAUUUCAGAAUAAUCUGGCGCCCGUCUCUGGCAGUGUGCUCACCACUGGUGGAGCCCAUGUAAAUGCCAGCCAAGGUUAUGGUGUUCAGAAGAAUGUGUCAAAUGGUGUUGGUGUCAUCAGCUCUGGAGUCUCUACAGCCACUCGAUCCCAGACUGAUGAUGCAUAUAAGAAAGACUAUAAGUUCAUGGUGUCUGACAAGGAGAACGUUCCAGCCAAGAGGGAUGCAGAAAUGCUCAUUCUGGCUAAGGACAGUGGGAAGCAGUUCACCAGCAGCAGCACUGGGGUAGGAGGAGGGUCACUAUCGGGGGAUUCAAUAAAGAAAGAGAAGCUUAUUUCCAGCUACAGUGAGACGGUUCCACUGAAGGCAGAGACAGGCGGCUCUUACUAUGGAUCAUCUGGAGUUGUAAUGAAAGACAAAGCCACCUACGCAGAGAUUCACAGGGACAGCGGCAUCUUUGGAGGAGGAGGGUUUUGCUGCUGCUCCGACGCGUGUUGCUCCUGGUGGAAAUGGCUGCUGGGUCUUCUCCUCCUCUCCUUGCUCCUGCUGGGACUCCUGUUUGGCCUCAUUGCAUUGGCUGAGGAUGUGAGAAAGCUGAAAAAUCGAGUGGCUACCUUGGAGGCUGAGUCUUUAGCCGCGACUGCUUAUAUCAGUCGGCUGUCAGGUUCUGCCAAUGACAUCGGCACCAGUGUGGACGGCGGAGGUACUAGCAACACUGACAUCACACUAAUCGCCGGUGCUGGACGUGGACGCUCAAGUUCCAGAACACAAGUUGGGAUUGCAACUGGUACUGGGGUGGGUUCCACUGGUGGCAAUGAGAUUGGUGUUAGCACCGGCAGUAGUUCUGGUGCUGCCACUGGGACCAGUGAGUUCGGUGCUGGAGGUGCCGGCACGGGCUUCAGCGGGGGCGUGAGCAGAGUCGGCGCUGGCACUGCUGGUACCAGCUUUGGCUUUGGGAGCGCCGUGAGCGGAGGACAAAUAGAUGCUGCUGCUCUUCAGUUGGCCAUCCAGAAUAUGAUGAGAGCUGAAAUGCAAUCACAGGCAUUCAGAGCAUUUCUAGCAUCUUCAGUGCAGGGAGAGAGAGGACUACCUGGACCUAAAGGGGAUUCUGGAUCUAAAGGAGAUCCUGGUUUCCCUGGAAUUACAGGUCCUCCGGGUGCAAUGGGACAUGCAGGCCCUGAGGGUCCUAAAGGACAGAAAGGAAACCAAGGUGAACAUGGCAUGGAGGGGCCACCAGGUAUCAGGGGUCGUGAAGGCCCACCUGGCCCCAGAGGUGAGCCAGGUUCUCAAGGCUUUGGAGUGAAAGGUGACAGAGGUUUACCUGGAGAUCCGGGGCCUGUGGGACCUACUGGCCCAGUUGGACCCAAAGGUGCACCUGGAGUUCCUGGCCCAACAGGUCAACCAGGUUCUGUAGGUUUCCGUGGUGAGGCAGGACCACCUGGGCCUAAAGGUGACCGAGGGCUUGCUGGAUUUCAAGGACUUAAAGGUGAAAUGGGUGACAAAGGUUCCAGAGGUCUGCAAGGUGAACCUGGCUUACCAGGUCUGCCUGGGCCAGCUGGAGAGAAAGGACUCAAAGGCUCAAUAGGGCUGUCUGGACAAGAUGGCGCAAAAGGAUCAAGAGGUGACCAAGGACCAGCUGGACCCCCAGGAAUCCGAGGACCUCCAGGGACUCCAGGAGAUGCUGGACUUCCAGGAACACCUGGGCUUCAAGGACCCCCAGGUAUACCAGGGAAUCCAGGACAACCAGGGGCCAAAGGUCAAACUGGUGAACCAGGAAGAAUCAUCAAUGCAGCCGGCUCCACUGCUGUUGGCAUCCCCGGGCCACCUGGGCCUGCUGGGCCUCCUGGCCCUGCCGGGCCUCCAGGGUUAUCAGGUCCCAUCGGCCCUGCUGGUCUUCCUGGCCAACCUGGUCCUAAAGGUGACAGAGGAUAUAAGGGAGAGCAGGGAGAAGCAGGAGCAACAGUGAGAGUGACUGAAACUAUAAGCUCAUCCAGAUCUCAGAAUCAGUUUGGUGCUGCUGGAGCCUCAGCAGUAGCUGGUCCACCUGGCCCACCUGGCCCACCUGGGCCUCCUGGACGCCCAGGAGAUUCAAGACAAGGACCUCCAGGACCGCCUGGGCCUCCAGGUCCAACAGGUUAUGGAAUACCAGGACCUAAAGGAGACAAAGGAGAGUCAGGCUUUGCUUCCAGCUCUGGAACAUUUUAUACUGGACCACCGGGACCACCUGGGCCUCCUGGACCUAAAGGAUCAAUAGGCUCUCCUGGACCAAGAGGAUACCAAGGUGAACCAGGACAGCCCGGCACCUCAGGAAGAGCAGUGGCAAUUGGACCACCAGGUCCACCGGGACCUCCUGGACGUCCAGGACCACCAGGAAUCAAAGGGGACACUGGAGCUCCUGGUGUUUCUGGCUCUUCCAGAGGUUCAGUCUCAGUCACCUCAGGCCCUCCUGGUCCCCCAGGUCCUCCUGGCCCUCCAGGCCAGCCCGGCACUUAUGCUGCUUCUACUGAGAUGCGCCAGUACAUCAGUGAUUAUCUAAGUAGAAGCACACUGGCUGGUCCCCCUGGACCUCCAGGUCUACCCGGGCCUCCAGGAACUUUCACGGGCUCUAUAGAAACCAUUGCCAGCCAUGUCAUCACAUACCUGCAACGCUCUGGCUCAGGUCUGAGCUUGGGUUCUUCAGGAGCUGGCUCUGGAUCCCUGACAGUCAGUGGUCUCAUUGCCAUGCUUCAGAGAGAUGAUGUGAGGAGAUAUUUGUCAGGGGCACCAGGGCCUCAAGGGCCACAAGGACCACCGGGACCACCAGGGACAUCAGGAGGAUUUUCAAGCAGUUAUAGUGUAGAGGAGGUGGCCAGUUAUGUCUUCACCAUCAUGAAUGACCGAGGGAUUGCCAGAGGUCCGCCCGGGCCGCCUGGUCAACGCGGCCCUCCUGGUCCUGCUGCUGCAGGAGGCUCUGGAAUUGCCACCGCUACAAUAGACUACUCUGAACUGAUGAGAAAUUCAGACUUCCGUGCAUGGAUUAGCUCUGGUUUACAACAACAUGGUCCUCCUGGUCCUCCGGGUAACCCAGGCUCUCCUGGCCCUCCUGGCCCUCAGGGGCCGCCAGGAGUCUCCACUGCCACUGUUGUGGGAGGUCGUGGCUACAGCUGGGAGGAUAUUCAGCGUUACCUGCAGAGUUCUAACUUUAGAGGUCUUCCCGGCCCUCCUGGUCCCCCAGGUCCACAGGGACCACCAGGCAGUUACACCGGAUCAAUUUCCUACAGUGGAAACUUCCCUCGGGAAAGCAUUCGUGCUGAAAUUCACGAGUAUCUGACCAGUGACGGUGUUCGUCGUGCCAUCACUGGACCUUCAGGGCCUCCUGGGCCUGCAGGACCAGUGGGCCAGAAAGGUGAACGUGGAGAGCCAGGUUACAUCCAGACCUACACACAAAGCCAGAGCUACUCUCAGGGCGAGUCCCGCCAAGGCUCUGAGCGCCGAGCGACUGAUAUAAGCAGGCUCUCGGAGACACUGGACUACUCCAAUGUUGCAUUGAAAGUUACAGACUACAUCAAGAAUCAAGGCCUGCUGCAGGAGUACCUGGUUGAAGGUCCUUGGAGGGCACAUGUAAGAGCGAUUCAAGGCCCUACUGGUCCACCCGGCCCUCCUGGACCACCUGGUUAUAGCCGUGUCUUUGCGGCUUAUGGCAAUGUCACAGCUGACCUCAUGGACUUUUUCAGAGCCUAUGGCACCAUUCCUGGCCCUACAGGAAGCCCUGGACCAAAGGGAGACAGAGGGUACCCAGGACCCAAAGGAGACAAGGGUGAUCCUGGACAGCCAGGUUUACCAGGACUACCAGGGUCGUACACUAUCCAAAUUCCACACAGAGUGCAAAGGAGGGAUACAGGUAAUAAAGUGGCUGGUCAUCGCCAGAGCAAUCAUCGUCAAGCCAAUGGUGGCUAAAGGGUUAACAUACUACUGGAUCAUGUCAGAUUUCAUUUCGACUUUACACAUCUUGUUUUUAGUUGAUCAACUGUAGCAAUGCAAGCAAUCAGAACGCUCUUUACUGUUGCCAUCUGUAGAAAUGUCUGAGGACAGUUUGAGAAAAUAAAAGCAGGCCAAAAAAAAUGGAUCAGUCUCCUUAAAGCAGCUUCAGUAGAGAGAUGGAUUUAGCUGCUGGUCAGUGUUUUUGUGACACAGACGACAUUUCUUUGACAUGUGGGUGUAUAAUGUUUACUUUCCUUAGUUAGAAGCUUCAAAGUGUUUCCAGGGCCGGCUUGGUUUUAGAGAACAUCUAUUUUUAAGCAAUAACUAGCAGUUUCUGAUAUUUCAGCUGUACUUGGCAUCUUUUUCCCUUGCUUGUGUGACUUGAUGGGUGUACUUUUUUAAAAUUUGUCUUUAGAGAAUUAUACUGUAUUGAGAACUAUGUUAAUAUACUGUUAAAUAGGGUAUCAAGGUAACCCUAAAAUGUUUCAUAUUUGUCAUAUCUACAUUAAUCAAGCCAAACUCCAGCCUUUAAUAUCCCUGGCUUAUACCCAUUCAGCCCAUACAAAUUACAUUUCAAUGAACAUUUUUACAUAUAUAAAGCAAUGCAUUAUCUGAAGGUGACACAGUCUUAGUAGAAGUGAGGGUUAUUUGUGCAGCAGUGAGGGGAAGGUCAGGAUGAAGGUUACAGAAAAUGUUGCUGCAGUUAGAACUGAGGAGUUGCUUUAGAAGGCUAGUGGGUAAAACUCAUUGUUUGCAUGGUUGACAGAUAGGGACGCUUAGAAAUGACUGAUUGGAUUGUAUAUUUUUGUAUAAGAACGCACUGAAAUUUUCUUUAUACCUUUAAGUGUUGAAAAGAUUAAAUUAUAAAAUGUU